AUGCCUUCCAAAAAGCCCAAACAAAGUGACGCUACACCUGAAUCACCACCACCGAAUUGGCCCCCUUUCAAACCACUCAUGCCAUCUACAAACUUAACCCUGGAAACCAUUGUUCCCGGUCAAAUCAUCACAAUACCAAACUUUUGGACUUCUACUUUAUGUAAAAAUUAUGUCUCAUUCUUGAAAACUUUACCUUUAACCACAACACCUGGUAAACCUAAAAAGGGUGAUGCUUUGAGAGUCAAUGAUAGAUAUCGAGUUGAUGAUUGGAAUUUUGCUGAACGACUUUGGAGAGAGACGGGGCUCAAGGAGCUUUUAUGUGGUGAGAUUGAGAGGGAAUAUGAGGAAGAGGGUGAAAAGAUGAGUGAGGAGGAGAGAAGAGAGUUAUGGGGAGGGGAGAUUGUAGGUUUAAAUCCCGUCAUUCGAAUAUAUAGAUAUUCAAAGGGACAGUUCUUUGAUUGCCAUUACGAUGAAUCGAAUCUCAUCACACUUCCAACAAGACCUACAUCUACUCAAGCAAAGACAACAUGGACAUUAUUACUAUAUCUCACAUCACCCGCAACAGGUUGUCAAGGAGGUGAAACAGUUUUCUACCCUGAGGAACUUCCUAACAAGAAAUCUCCUAUUGAUAAGCCUGUUGUCAUAAGUCUAGAGACUGGAAUGGUCUUGUUACAUAAGCAUGGGGAUGAUUGCAUGUUGCAUGAAGGGAGAGAAGUUACGGAGGGUGAGAAGUGGAUUAUAAGGACUGAUGUAUGUGUAAGAAGAGUAAGGCCUUUGGUGAAUAAGUCAAUGUUCGAAGGACUUUAA